AGUUUAUUGUAUUUCAAUUUGGAGUAAAGUUGGCAGUGAGUAUAUACAUAGGUGACAAGUAUGCUAUCUUUAAGUACAAUUAUAUUACGAUGGCGUUAAUUAUAUCAAGCUUCGGCAAAAUAUUAUUGAUACUGAUGGUGAUUUGGGAUUAUAACGAAUUAGAAUAUUCCUGGUUGAUAAAUAUUGUGGUGUUGACAUCAAAUUUGGAAGCACUUGCAGUGCUUCUGGAUAUAGAUUAUCUUAAAGCUUUUGGAAUUAUGGUAUUUGGAUUGGGAUUGAAAGUUCUGGCGCAGAU